CCCCCCUCCCUUCCUCUAGCCAUGCCCGCUACACGCGUUCAGGCUGGAAACAGCAGCUACGAUGACCAGCCAGAAGAGUACAUCUCGAUGGAGCAGUUCCGCCAGAGCAUGCGGCUCGUGAGGCUGCAGAUUGCUGUUCCCAUCUCUGUGCUCAUCUCGCUCGGGACAAGCCUCGUCUGUUCCUUCGUCGUCAAACCGGGCCUUGGCGGUGUCAACAGGCUCUUCCCUACUCUUGUGUCGCCCAAGACAUCGCUAAUUGGGCUGUACUGGGCUGUGCUCUACGGCCUCCAAGUCGGCCUCGCUCUCCUCGUUAUCAUCGCUCAGAGCGACCGCACCAAGGCCGCACUGAUUCACGGCGUCGGGUUACGCUUCGCCGUCAUCAACUGGCUCAUGGCGGCUUGGGCGGUCGCCUGGAGCCUCCAGUUCUUUAUCGUGGCAGAGUGCCUCAUCCUCGCUGCUCUCCUCCUGAUAAUCACCAUUCACAUCACCAUGCUUCCUUACCCCGUUCAGUUCAGACAUCCCUUCGACGCCCUGUUCAUCCACGCCACGGUCAGCCUCUACUUCGCCGUCCUGUUCGAGCUCAUGUGGAUCCACGGCGGCUUUGUCGCGCUCGGAUGGAUUGUCACGGACUCGCACCGCUGGGAGCGUUGGACCUGGCAAGCUGUUGGUGCGAUCACCGGUGUCAACGUCAUGACCGCCAUCUACGAAGCCGCCACCAGGCAAUCCCUCCUUGUUGUCGCUUCCGAGUACCUCCUUGUCACGCUGCUCUUAUCGGCACCCAAGUCGGAGCCGCGGGCGCCGAACGAGUCUCCUCCCAAGCCCACCCCCCUGCUUAUGGCGCUCUUUUUCUGUCUGGCGCUGCACCCCAUCGCCAUAACCAUCGGUGCUUGGUCCAAGAAGACGGCCGAUCUCGAGGGACGUAUCCGUCUGGAGCAGGAAGCCGAGGCAGCUCAAGAGGCUGCCGAGGAGGCAGCCGCCGAGAACCCCUCCCACCACAGGGUCGCUGCCGCUGAGGAAGCUGCUCAGCAUCGCGCCGCUGCUUCCGAUGCCGCCGCGAAUGUCUAAGGACAGGCGAGAGUGGAGCCAGGGACGGAAGGAGCAGUAAUUUAGUAGACCUAAUGCGAAGCGAGCGAUGCAGGUG